UCACAGGUCCUUCAUCCGCUAUUCUGCUGAGCUCCGCCCCCACGUGAACUGGUCACAUGAUUGUGACAUCAUCACAGGUCCUUCACCUCCAGCAUCUAGCAGAUACUGAGCAGGUCCUGGUCGGGCAGUCAAUGAUAAGGUGAGGUCUCCAGAAGUUAACCCAGUAGGAUGUUGCGGUCUAUUUCUCCAUGGAGGAGUGGGAGUAUGUAGAAGGACACAAGGAUCUGUACCAGGACAUAGUCAUGAUGGAGGAUCACCGGCCCCUCACAUCACAAGAUGGAGUCAUUGGUAGAAAUCCACCCGAGAGGUGUCCCCGCCCUCUGUAUUCCCAGGACUGUCCAGAGAGAAAUGUCCCAGAGAAGCAUCAGGGUGAAGAUCUGAUGGAUAUUAAGGUUGAGGUUAAAAAUGAAGUAAAGGAGGAGACGGAUUUCGGGGCCGAUCAGCAGUAUGGAGUCAUUGAUAGAAAUCCACCCGAGAGGUGUCCCCGCCCUCUGUAUUCCCAGGACUGUCCAGAGGGAAAUGUCCCAGAGAAGCAUCAGGGGGGAGAUCUGACUAAUUAUAAAGUGGAGGAUGAAGAAGAGAGGAUGAGGGGCCAGCACCCGUGUAUGAGGGAAGUGAAGGAGGAAAUUCCAGGAGGUGUUAUCCCAGGAAAUCCCAGUAAGAAUUCUGAGGGAAACUUCAUGUUAUCCCUGAAUUAUAAAGCAGAAGAUGGAGAGAUCAUGGAGCGCUCCUCAGGAGAAGAUGGAGAGAUCAUGGAGCGCUCCUCAGGAGAAGACCUCCUUACCCCUAAUGUCCAUCCAGAUCUAUCCUAUAAUAAUCCACCUGAUCAUGGGGAACCUUCUCCUGACCAACCACACAUUGUUACCACAAGGACAGAUCAGAAAGGGGUGAAAAAGUUUAAAUGUGAUGAAUGUGGAAAACAGUUUACAGCAAGCUCAAGUCUUCUUACACACAAGAGAAUUCACACAGGAGACAGGCUGUAUUCAUGUUCAGAAUGUGGUAAAUGCUUCACAGGUAAAUCAAAUCUUGUUAUACAUGAGAGAAGUCACACAGGGGAGAAACCGUUUUCAUGUUCAGAAUGUGGGAAAUGUUUUACAAGUAAACAAAGGCUAGUUACGCAUGAGAGAAUUCACACAGGAGAAAAGCCGUAUUCUUGUUCAGAGUGUGGGAAAUGUUUUACAUGUAAAUCUCAUCUUGUUAUACAUGAGAGAAUUCACACAGGAGAAAAGCCGUAUUCAUGUUCACAAUGUGGGAAAUGUUUUUCAAGUAAAUCAGACCUACUUAAACAUGAACAAUGGCAUACAGGAGCAAAGCCAUAUUCAUGUUUAGAAUGUGGAAAAUGUUUCUCAAGUAAAUCACAUCUUGCGACACAUGACAGAAGUCAUAGAGGAGAGAAGCCGUAUUCAUGUUCAGAAUGUGGGAAAUGUUUUACAGAUAAACAUAGCCUUGUUAGGCACGCGAGAAGUCACACAGGAGAAAAGCCAUAUUCAUGUUCAGAAUGUGGAAAAUGUUUUACAGAUAAACAUAGUCUUGUUAGACAUUCAAGAAGUCACACAGGAGAGAGGCCAUAUUCAUGUUCAGAAUGUGGGAAAUGUUUUAUACGAAAAUCACAACUUGUUAUACAUGAGAGAAGUCACACAGGAGAGAAGCCGUAUUCAUGCUCAGAAUGUGGCAAGUGUUUUUUACAGAAAUCACAUCUUGUUUUACAUGCAAAAUAUCACACAGGAGAGGCACCAUAUUCAUGUUCAGAGUGUGGGAAAUGUUUUUUACAGAAAUCCCAUCUUGUUUCACAUGAAAUAAUUCACACUGGAGUGAAGCCGUAUUCGUGCUCAGAAUGUGGGAAAUGUUUCCCAAGUAAAUCAUAUCUGGUUAAACAUGAAAAAUGUCACACUGGGGAGAAACCGUAUUCAUGUUCAGAAUGUGGGAAAUGUUUUUCAAGUAAAUCACAGCUUAUUAUACAUGCCAGAACUCAUGUUCUGAAUGUGGGAAAUGCUUCAUUAAUGACGGCAAACUAAGGUAUCGCCAAAGAAGUCACACAUGGAAGAAAUUUGAAUGUAAGAAUAUAAUCUUUUCUUUUUAAAGAAAACAAAUGUUAAAAAAACAUCACCAGGGAAUUAAAAUAGAGAAGAAACCAUGUUCUUGUUUGGAAUGUGAAAAAUCCUAUAAAAAUAAAAAAUAUUGAACAUAUCUGGUUCUUCAGAUAUUAAACAUCCAGGAGAGGGUUUAAAGAGAACCUGUCCGCGCUAGUUUCCUCUUCACAACACAUAAUCAGUUAUUUGAUAAUGUUUCCUCCCAUGGGGCUGUGAACGCAGUCCGAUCCCGAUAUCUUAAGGACAGUAAACAUGGAGUGUUGUGUGCACUGUAGUCACAUGGGCCACAAGUAGUCAUGUGGGCGGGCACCUCCUGAGAACUACUCACCUAGUCAUGGCUGUAAUAACACCUACUGAGGUGUGACUGAUAAUCCAGAGAGCAUCCUCCAUCAUCUCCACUAUUCUGCCAUCUGCCCUAUGAUGUAGGGUUCUCUCUAGCUUCUCAUUCACCCCUCAUUAUUACAGCCAUGACCAGGUGACUGGUUCUCAGGAGGCCCCGCCCACAUGACUACUGGGACUCAUUUCAGUAUGGUGCACAGACCCUAAGAAGGACGACAUUCAGCACUCCACUGGGCAUUCUGGGAAAAAGUAUAUGUAAGGCAGCUCAUUUAUAUGCCAACUGGUAAGGUGACACUCUUUUAGUGUCAGUGUAUAACUUGCCAUGGAGUCUUGCUAACUGACUGGGAAAUUUGACUGAUUACAGGAAAUGUUAUCGGCAACAGGGGACACUCCGCUAAAGGGGGACAUCAGCGAUCAAGCUGUUGCCCACCAUUAACCAUUCAGAUGGCAUGAACAAUACUAAUCACGCCAUCUGAAGCAAUAGGGGAGCUUACAAAGACUUAUCGGACCACCCCUAGCAUGAUCGCAGGUGUCUGAUGAGCCAAGAUGGCUGCUUGAGGGAUCCGCUUGUAUGGUCUGCUGUCUUCUGGCAGACUAUACAAGUAGAUCGCCGAUAUCACUGAACAGUAUUGGCUAUCAAAAAAUUGCUUUAAAUAGUUCAAAAUGUGGGAAAUGUUUUAUAAUAGUAAAAAAAAAAAAAAAAAAAAAAAAGUUUUAAGAAAUGUGAAAUGUCCCUUCCCUAAUAAAAAAUAAUUAAAUCACCUUUUUUUUUUUCAUUUUAUAAAUAAAUAAAAUAAAUUCACGACAAGUAGAUAGGUCCGUACUAUUUAAAUAUAUUGUUCUUUAAUCCAUUGUGAUCUGCGCAAACGGGGAGGAAAAAAAGUCCAAAAUUUCUCAUUUUUGUUCACAUCACAUCCCAGAAAAAAUGAAAUAAGAAAAUUAUCAAAAAAAAAAAAAAAAAAAUCACAUACAGAUCACGGCUCAAAAAACAACCCUCAUACAGACGCGUAUACAGAAAAAAGAGAAAGUUAUAGGUGGUCAGAAGAGAAGGAUUUUAGGCAUACUGAUUUUGUUUAAAGGGGUACUCCGCUGCUCAGCAUUUGGAACAAACUGUUCCGAAUGCUGGAGCCGGGAGCUCGUUACGUC